AUGAAAACCAUCGCUUUCGCAUUCGUCGCGUUGCUGGUCGGUGUUAACGCCGUACCUUAUCAAGUUGCAAAAGCUGAUGUAAGGAACGAAAAAAUUAUCGAUGGAAUUAUUAUUGGCAUCAUUGAAAGUAUCGCUCAGCAAAUCCAGGACUUAGGACUCGACCCACUGGUAAUUGACAGAUUUGAAGGAGAAUACAUUUUCCCCGUAGAUGGAAUCUUCAGUGGCAUCGUUUCUAUUGAGAACUUCGAGUUGUCUGGCCUUAGCAACAUUGUCAUUAAUGAAGUCAGCUUACAAGGCAACACGUUGAGCUUCUACUUGGCACUUCCCAGUAUUGAUGCUUUUGUUGGUGAUGUCUCUGUUGAAGUCCAAAUCCUCAACCGUAGACUCUUUGGGCACGGUGGCGGCAGGUUAAGUAUUAAAGGCCUUCGCUUUGCUGGCCAGGUCACCCUUGGUACUGAAAAACUAAUCGACAAUUUGAACCUUGCAUUUAGCCUCGGAGGCAUUGAGUCUAACCUCAACGUUAACAUCUUGGGUUACGACAUCUCCAGCCGAUUGAAUGAAUAUCUUGGUAACACACUGCCUUCCCAACUCAACAAAUAUGAGGAACAACUUAACCGUGUUCUCGCAAACAUUAUCCUGAAAGUCUUGGAUCGUCUUUUGGAUUAA